AACUAAAAGUGGCGCGUUUGGCGAAUCUUAGGCGGGACAUUUUGCUGACAAACAAGACACGGGAGCCAUUACAACCAACCAUAUUCGGUGCCAAAAUAACCAGAAAUUUGCGUAAGGCGUGUAAAACACGGACACUGCGAUCUACCUUAAAUAAGGGAGGGCGAGGCAUUUCAGGUCUCUGACAAUCAAUACAACAUGUGUGCUGGCAAUAUGGCGGGACCGAGGCGUCCACGGCAGCUGCAGCUUUUAACAACUAUGUUCUGGUUCGGUUCGGUUUUAAUUGUUUUAGCAGUGCAGCUCCAUAAUGUCAGUGCUCAAGCCGAGAGCAGCGUGCUGACAGUCGCUGACUCGAACUGGACCCUUAUUCUGGAGGGCGAGUGGAUGUUAAAAUUCUACGCCCCGUGGUGUCCAGCGUGUCAGCACAUUCACAACGACUGGGAGGCUUUCGCCAAGCAGAGCCACAAUCUGGGAAUAUCAGUGGGAAAUGUUGAUGUCACACAACAACCAGGCCUGAGUGGGCGCUUUCUGGUCACCUCAUUACCAACUAUCUUUCAUGCCAAAGAUGGAAGUUUCAGAAGAUACAUGUCAUCACGGGCCAUUGAGGAUAUCCAAGCAUACAUCGUUCAACAAAAGUGGAAAGCCGUGGAGCCGCUGCCUGGAUGGAAAUCGCCAUCAUCGAUCUUGAUGUCAGGAAUGGCUGGUCUGUUCCGCCUUUCUGUGUGGAUUCGGCAAAUCCACACAUACCUAACCAACACUCUUGGCAUUCCGUCAUGGGGCUCUUAUGUAAUCUUUGCCAUUGUCACACUGUUCCUGGGCCUUCUCCUCGGCCUGAUGCUGGUUCUGAUCGCUGACUGCAUUUGCCCAUCUAGACCAAAGUACAAAGAGGAUAAGACUGUUGUACUUAAGAAAGACGAAGGUUCUGACGAUGACAUGGACGACACUCUGACAGAGGAGAAGCAUGCAUCUGACCUGGACAACGAGAGUGAGCGGGUGUCUGGAGAGGAGGAGUUCACCGAGGAGGAAGGAAGCCCUGGCACUGAAACUGCAGCUGGUAACGCAGAGCAAUCUUCAGAGACCUCAGUGCGGAAAAGGAAGCCACAGGGUCCAAGCAGUCCUGAGGCCACAUAACACUUCUGUGCAGGCUGGAAACCUGAAAUGCAGUUUCACACCAAAAUACAGCAAGUCCACUGCAAAGCUGAAUGCAGCACUGUAAGCGCUGAACACGUAUUUCCACUGUCUUAUCUGUGUUUCUGUUUCCCAAGCCCAAGCCCUGUUUCUGUCAAACCAGUAUGUGGAAUCCAGUAUUUUUGUGUGUAAAUUAGGAGAAAGCUUAAAAAAAAAAAAGUAGUAUUUGCUUAUAAACUAUUGCCAAGGAUGCAUCACACAGCAAGCGGCUGUAAUGCUCUUAAAAUGAAAAAAAAAAAAAAAAGAAGAAAAAUUAUAUAAAGUAUAUAUAUAUUUUAAGAACGCUCCUAAAACCUGUUUAAUAUUUGUAUUUUGCAUUUAGGAUGUACAUUAUGCAAUUAGUGCUGCAAGUGGAAAAUGUGUUUGUUUACACCAUUGAUGAUAGUUUUUUAAAUAGCUUAUAUGAAAGUAAAUGCUUUUACAUUCCAGAGCCUGAAACUGCUUUUGUAAAAGUUCUUUCAGUGAAAGUGAAGACAUCGGAUACAAAAGACAGAAGGCACUGAGGACAAUCCUCAUCGUCGUGAAUUAUAGAUUGUAAGAAGGAUGCUCAACAUCAGGGGUUUUCAAAUUUUUAGCAGUCAGAGACCCAUUUAACUCAACAGAUUUAUUUUUCAAACAGAGUACUCAGAAACAUAGCCGCAUUAUUUAAUCAUGUGCAAUUUUGCAAAUUUAUUGGAGCCAGAAAGACUUUUUUUUUCUUCCUGAACUUCCCACAUGUUUAUUAAAACAUUAGAUAAACAUUAGUCAUUAGAUUACAGCUUACAUUAUUUAUUGGCAUAAUAACUGUGAUGAUGUUGGGCUCUGGUUUCCAUUGCUGUACCAAAAUUAGAAAAUCACAAACCCCCUGAGUGUGCUUUAUGAGCCCCUUUGAACCACAUUGAGAAACAUGGCCCUGUAUGAUGUUCUCUGUGUUGCUCAAUGUGUGCAUAAGUAUUAAAAACGCCUAAUCGCCGAUCUCUGCUGAUAGGUUCGAUGCAUUCAUUAGAUUAAUUGAAAAUUGAGACCAUGUAUUUUACCGUACAAUAUGCAAUACUCUAUAUACAAGUGUGUUUUAAUGGUGCUGUCAGGCCAUUACUUUUGUUGUGUGUAGGCUUGUGCAAUAUAGAUUAUUCCCAGCUUGCAAUUUACCAUUUGAGAAGAUCAUAAUAUACUAGAGCCAACAGCCGAAAAACGAGACAAGAAAUCAAGCAUUUCCACCAUUUCAGCUUUAAGGAGAAGAGGGAAUGGUGUAAUAAUGUUCUCAGCAGUGCAGUCAGGAAAUUUAGAGAAUUUGUUGAGCCAAAUUCUCCCCGAGUCUCCUUCACGUCCGUGUGUUAUGAAGUAAGCCAAGCAAUGCUGCAAACAUACAAUCUCUAUUUCUGUUAUUGUCUUGAUAGUUUAUUCAUAUUUGAACACUGUAAUCAUCAGAACACCA